AACAACAAACAACUCAGACCGUAGACAAACAUGAUACAAACAUGAUAGUUGCUCCAGGCUCUUGAAAUCAGGACUUACAGAGCGAGAACGAUAAAGAAAAACAUUUUAAGACUGUAAACCUCCGUCCAGAAGAAAGAAGCUGAAAUUCACUGUGCAACCGGUGGGAGUCGUCAUUUAAAAUGGAGCUGGUUAUCUAUUGUUCCUGUCUGGCGUAAAGGGAUUCUGGGUUAAGCUGUGACUGACCACAGCUACUAGACCAUUUCACAAUAUCCUCUUAUCCGUGUUCUUUCCCACCAGCUGCUACAGUAACACACCAACGUGGACAAGGUAUGAGCUUGAAGUCUUUAUUAUGAAGCACAGUUUGUUAGUUACAGUGUUAAAUUGGCUCAACAAAUGCAGAAACAUACUCUUGAGCAAUGAGAUAAAACUGAUUAGAAGUCACUAUGAGGUUGUGAUAUACUAACCACAGGAAGAAGAUGCAACAUCUCUUUACUAAGGAAACUUUACUUUAGCAACUGAGACAGUUCAGACCAUGUGAAUAAGAGACAGAAGCAGGACAGAGAGACAGAGAAUCACGAUGGUUGAGAUCAAAUGGAUUCAAGUCUCUUUAUUUCUGAUGGCGGUGCUUCAGUAUACAGCAGAAGCUGAAAAACAUCCUCUGUCCCUCAGUGUCGCAGUUGGAGAUGAAGUCACGUUGCUUUGUGAAAAUGUAACAGACGAUCAGCAAAACUGUGACGUUACUACGUGGCUCUUCAGUGAUUCAGAAAAUACAGUAGUGCUGGUUUACCAUGGAAAGAUAUACAUUCACAUAUACAGCAGAGCUAAAUCAGACAGACUGAGUGUUACAGCGAACUGUUCUCUGGUUAUAAAGAAGGUCACAGUUGAGGAUGCUGGUCGUUACACCUGUGGACAAUUCAACAAAUCAGGAUAUCAACAAGGUCGAGACUCUGAGGUUGAUCUGUCUGUUAUUAGCAUGACUGAACAUAAAGACACUGAUUUGGUGACAUUAGGCUGCUCUGUGUCGACAUAUGGACCAUGCAGACACACAGUGAGGUGGCUGUUUAAUGGUCACGAUUGGGAUCGACAUAACAGAAAUGUGAAGACAGAUCAGCCUUCGUGCUACGCCUCUUUGAACUUUCUGACCUUUUGUUACACUUACACAUCAAACUAUAACUUAUUUAUGUGUGAAGUCAAUGAUAGCAAUGACGUGCAGCUGUUUCCCUUCAGACCUCGACCCUCAGUUUGUGGAGUUGUGUUUAUCUCUUCAGGUGACGACACAACAACAACUGUAAUGGAUGAACCAGGUUGGGGGAUCGUCAUUUUGUCAAUUCAGUUUGUGGGUGUAGUAGCACUCAUAAUAACUGUUGUGGCAGUCAACAUAUGGACAAAAACUAAAGGGAAACAAAUGCAGACGGAUGAAAAUAUGGUGGAUAAUGAUGAAGAUGAUGGUACAGUGAACUAUGAAAACACCAGAUCUUCUGAUGUCUGACGGAAACUUCAGCCUCCAUCAGACUCCACUGAUCAACAACUUCUACAUCAACAUCAACUCAACUCGUUUUAAAUGAGUAGAUUGUAAAUACAAAAAAUCUUAAGGUUAUUUUGAGAAACGUAAUAUUUUGUUUUAGUCUUUUUCUGCAUCAGUUGGAUUGUAAUUGAACUGAAAGCCGGAUUCAACUCUUUUUUAACUUCCUUAAAUUUGCUUCUGACCAAAUAAUUUAGUUCUGAUUUUAAGACUAACUAAUGAAUUUCAAAGCAGCUUGAGCUCAGUUUUAUGUUUAAUUCCUUUAAAUUAACCUAUUUAGUAUUUGUGUUAACAUAUUUGUUAAUGGGUGUUUGUCUUAUUUUGAGUCUUAAAGUUUGUUUGUUUUUAACAGUUUGUCUUUAUUACAUUUGAUAAUUAUAUAAUAUGCAAAUAAAGAAGGAGUUUAACACUCAA